AUGGCGCCGACAACGGGUGAAAAUGGAGUCGCCAAAGAACACGCUGCCGCUGUAACAAGGAACUAUAUUUCACAGCCAAGAUUGAGUAAGUUACUUUGAAUUAUCUAAGAGCACCGUCAUGUGCCAUUCGAUUGCUUUUCGUCCCCUCUUUCUGUUUUAAAUCGAUGAAGUUUACACGUCUCACGCUUAUCUCUGCAAGUCACAUUUGAUCGUAAUUUUUGUUGCUUUUGCUUUCCAGCGUACAAAACAGUUUCAGGAGUAAAUGGUCCUUUAGUGAUCUUGGAUGAUGUGAAGGUAAAUACGGCUCAACAAAAGCUGAAGCUUUUUACCUUGAUGCGAUCGAUCCCGGGUUCUGAAUUUAAUUUGCGUUUUUUAAAUAUUUAUGCCUGGACACAAGCUCAGCCGAAACUCGUCCUGGUUCGAUUUGGUCAUGUGCAAGGUUUUUGUCGAUUCAUUUCAGUUCCUUUAUACACAACAAUUGUGAAUUAUUUGUAACACAUAUCCAGACAUAAUCUUUUGACCAGUUGUGAUCUUUUGUGCAGAACGAUUUUUCAUGUGAUUACAUCAGUUUUGUUCUCUACCAAGGGCAGAAAAUUCAAUCAGAACUUCCUUAAAGUAUAAAACUGCCAAUACAUCUCCAUUUUGUAAUUUGAUUGAGCUGUCUGAGAUUUAUCUCAGAGCUGUGCUUCUACUUGACUUCAAGUUAGUUAAUCAUUUAUUUUCAGAAUUUCUAAUUCUCUUCCUUAAAACUUGAAUUAUUUAUUACUAAUAAAUUUCUGGGGAGUCCCAAUGGGACUAACUCAACAUAUUAACAUGUUUAGUGGGAGAAUGAUUCUAACAAGACCAGUUUUUGUUCAUGGUUAUGCCUGAGAGGUGUGUGGGCCAUAAAUCUGGAUUUUUAUCCUCAAUGUUUAUAAUGUAUUGUCAUGUGAUUUACCAUACAACCCUACAGCCCUUUAAAUAGAAUUCUUAGAAAACUUUAGAUGAAAGCUGAUGUGUGUAGGGCCAAAUGGGCUGAGGUGAGCUGGUCCCACUCUGCAUUCACACUGCUUUAUUAUUAAAACUUAAUGGGAAAAAAAGAAAGAGUGAAAGAAGACGCAUUUUUGUUAGGCUGGUAGAAGUUGUAUCUUUAAGCUGUGCUUCUACCUUAACUCAAAUAGGUUCAAAAUUUACUUUUAGAAUUUGUAGUUUUGUCCUAAAUGAAGAAAUGAAAUAAUUAAUUCAUUUCUGGGAGUUCUCAUUUGAUUUUCUGUUCUCUGAGUUUAAACUUAAUUUGUAUUGAGAUUAGUUAUUUUAAAACAUGUAUUAGUCUACAUGAUCAUUUUAGGCCUAAAAGCCAUAUGGUCCCUACCUCCUAGUGCCCAUUCUUAAAAAUCGUUCUCCGUGGGAUUUGAGAUCCUAUAGGUUUGCAACACAAUGAACUGCUUAGGCAUAAACUCACACCUGUUCGUUUGGUAUCCACUGAGCAAACCAUGGGGCUACUUUGAUCAUCACAAAUAAAUAAAAAAAGGCAGAAAAUAUUGUAUAAUGAAACUAUAACAAUAGAUUUAGCCUAAAAGAAUUUCACAGCCUUGCUUUUACUUUCCCUUAGUUUCCAAAGUUUGCCGAGAUUGUUACUUUAACUUUACAAGAUGGCUCACAAAGAAGUGGUCAGGUCUUGGAAGUCAGUGGAUCCAAAGCAGUGGUGCAGGUACUUAAAAGUAAUGGUGCAUCUGACAGUUUUAAACUUUGUGUUCAAAUUCAAUGCUGUAGGCUAUUCACACAAUCUGAUGUAAAUUGGUUCGUACUUCAACAGAAGGUUAAACUGGAAUCUCACCACAGACAAAAAACAAUUUUUUUUAAUACAACUGUACAUGUGCAUGUACCAGUUUUUGUUCUUAACUGAACAAAGUUUAUGUUGGAGGUGAAAAUGACUGUAGGUUAGAGUGAAUUAAGACUAAGUGCAUUUAUUUUUCUUUUUUUGUCAAAGGAUAAUGAUGAUGUAUUGUACAUUAAAGACUAGGGAUGUUGAAUCAAAUUAGUUUGAAACCAUUUUGACCUUAGAUUCAUUUUAGCCUGAAUGAUAUACAUGUACAUGAACUUGUAGCUGAGCUGGAAUUUGCAGUACAGACAUUGUUUGGUAUUUUUCAAUAGCAUUUAUGUUUAAUUUUUGGCAAUACUGGUACCAGCAUGCUUUUAAACUCUCUUGUUUGAAACAUGUAGGUAUUUGAAGGAACUUCUGGUAUUGAUGCUAAGCACACGACAUGUGAAUUUACUGGAGAUAUCUUACGGACUCCUGUGUCAUCAGAUAUGUUGGGUAGGUAGUAUAGAUCUGUUUAUGUAUUGUUCAAGUGACUGGCAAAUGUAAUCCCAUAGAAAUGCAUAGUGAGAGCUGGUGUGUGAAGGACCAGACAGGUUGAUGUGAGCUACUUCAGAAGAAGCAGUCAGGCCCUGCACUUAAUCACAGGCCUCUUUUUCAAUUUUUGAGAAUGUGAAUUGAAAUUGUGGACUUCAACUUAAAAUUAAACUAAUGAGAAAGUGAGUCACUCUUCUUGAUGAAUUAUGAGUUUCUUGUUCUGACUUGAAGGAAAAAAGUUUUCCCUGUAGAAAGACCUUGUUAGUCUGUAGAUGGGCUAUAACCCUAAGCCAAAUAUUUUCCCGUUCAACCCAACCAAAAACUCAGUUAGUAGGUUUUUAGUUUAUGCAUUUUGAAUAUGUUUCUUAUAAAAUUUAAAACGACCUUGACAAUCCAAAACCAGUAAAACACUCAACUGUUUGUUUAUUUAUUUGCUCACCAAAAGUAAAAUAUUCUUGCUUUAGAGCUUGAGCAGUGUAAGAAAAUUAUGUCUAAUCACAAAUGCAGGGCUGUGGUCUUAAUGUUUGCAUCCAUUACAUACUUUUUGUUUAGGGCGUGUCUUCAAUGGGUCAGGAAAGGCAAUUGAUAGAGGACCUGCCGUCAUGGCAGAAGAUUUUUUGGACAUUCAAGGUGGUGUUUCUGUGUUUCUUGUCCGUCUUCAGCAUUUCUACCGUGAAACUCAGAAAACCAUGUACUUAAAAUGUAUUUCAGGAGUGUUAUUGUUUUUAAGGAAAUGAGCAAAGUAUCAUUUAUUUUGAAAAAAUUCAACUGCAAAAAGAAGGCUGUGUGUGGUUUAGAGAUGUGCUUGCCUUUCUUGAACAUUAGCCUGACCAGUCAAAAAUACACAACUGAGCUGUUGGAAUGAAACCAUAAGUGUUUAUAGAUUUAUAAGUUUCACACUAGCUCCGUGUGGGUUUUUAGAUAUCUUUGGGUAUUACCACUGUUUUUUCAUUUUUUUCUCUUUUUUUUUUUUUUCUUGGAGAAAUUAGGUACAACCUUUAAUGUUAAAAUUUUGAUUUACUUAUUUGUGUCAAUUUUGCUGGAUAAUAGAAAAAUUUAUUAAAUCAUUACUUGUAAAGAUUUUUUGACUUCUUACUUCAAACACAGGUCAACCAAUUAACCCAUGGUCCAGAAUUUACCCUGAAGAAAUGAUUCAAACUGGGAUCUCUGCUAUUGAUACAAUGAACAGGUUAGACUUCAGAAGCAUAUACAUGUGUUUUUUGGUGUGGUAGUUGGCUUCACAACUGUCUUUGGAUGUGAUUAUAUUUGGGGGCAGUUUAACUGAAAUGCCUGCAGAAGCAACACAGAUAAUUGAAAGCAUAAAAUGUCAUUCUUUAUUUUUCACAGAAUUCUUCUCAAUUUGAUUCUUUGUGUAAUUGUUUUCACUAUUUCAGCAUUGCUCGUGGUCAAAAGAUCCCCAUAUUUUCUGCUGCAGGUUUGCCUCACAAUGAUGUAAGUGUACAAGAAUAGUCAGCCAAAUAAUGUGUUUAUUUAUCUGUUUGCAAUAGUUUAAAUUGCCCUCACAUCUGUAUAUUACAUUUUUCUUCAUGUCAGAUUGCAGCUCAGAUUUGUCGGCAAGCAGGUUUGGUAAAAUUUAAGAAAGGAGUAAUGGAUGACCACAGUGACAACUUUGCCAUUGUUUUUGCUGCUAUGGGUGUAAGUAUUCUGUCUAUGUUAUAUAUACAUUGAUAAAAGAUAUAUGUCAUUGAUAUAACUAGUUAAACAAUUAAAACCAUGAGUUUGUAAGUACCAACUUUAUGCAUAGUACUUUAUUUUAGAGAGAGAAUUAGAGAUUUUCUGUUUUCUCUUUUUCCUUCUCAAUAUUUGUAUUAACCCCUUUCACACCAGCAUUUGUACUCAUGUAUUAUCCAUACUGUUCUCCUUAAAUUUCGUGCCGUACUGAUUAGGAGAAUUUCUUUAUUCUCAUACUGAUAACCUUAAUGUUUAAUUUAGCCGUGGAACUGUACAGAGAAAUUAAUGUUAGUCACUCUGAGAGUUGGGGGAUUAAAAGUGGAAGAGAUGGAAGGAGACUUUUGAAAUAACAACCCAUUGUUUUACAUUUUGUCAGUCAUUUCAAAUGUGAUUUCCACCUUUUCAAGUACUGUUGUUGGCUAUGGCUUUAUAUCAGGCAUCCAUAUACAUAAACUUGAAUAUUCCAUAUUUUCAGCAAAAAUUAUUCAAGUGCCUCAUGGAAAAGAUUUUAUUGCAAUGUGGUGAACUGUUUAAUCCAGUUUGUGACUAGUGACACAUACAUGUACAAUAAGGCUUUCACACAGUGUCUGUCACCCAUCUACAUUGUAUGUCUGUUUCCAUGACAGUUUCUGUUUCUUCCUGCUGGGCUUGCUAUUCCAAAACCCUGGUGGCAGUAAAUUACUUAAAAUGUCAUGUUUUACUGAUUACAAUACAAAAUAUGUCUGGAAUUUGCAGUUUUUAUAAUUUUCUGUAAAAUUGUGUCCUUAUCAGGUCAACAUGGAAACUGCACGUUUCUUCAAGCAGGACUUUGAAGAAAAUGGUUCCAUGGAGAAUGUGUGUUUGUUCCUUAAUCUUGCCAAUGAUCCAACGUAAGAGAAUUUCUUGUUUACUUAAUAUAGAUAUCAUCCAUGAUUAUUUUGUCCAUGAUUAUUUUAUAGAGAAUAAUAUUUUUAUUAUUUAAAUGGGUCUUGUUAAAGUUAUUUCUUAUAACCCUUUCACUUGCAAUACCUCACUGAUAAUUCUCCUAACUUUCUGUCCUACAGUUUUUAUGAUGUAAGUUCAGAGAAUUUGGUAGUGAUGAACUAAUAACCCUUUUAUUGAUAUUUUUAUUUUCCAUGUCUCUUGUCUGCUUGAUAUUCACUUGGCUCAUAAAACAAGGAGCUAUAUCUUAGGGGUGCUUGAGAGAAGUUGGUUUGUUGGUGUGCUGCAAGGGUCUGAAAAAAACUCUGAAUUUUCUCAAGAUAAAAUCUGCUCAGAUUGUUUGACCCUGUUUAGCACCAAAAAAAAAUUUUCCUUAUUGCAUAUAAAUUUGUAUAACCCUGACUACGGUUGAAACACUGUUGAAAGCUUGUGGUCCACAAAGACAUUCAGUUGGAGAUGCUAAAAUGCCAGUCUCUCCCCCCUCCCCCCCUUCCCACGUCCGAGCUACAUGUAUGUCAGUGUUUGUUUGUCUUGCAAAUUGGUUUAAUAAUGGACAUUUUAAUCAUUUAGCUUUCAUUCGCAUCUUCCUUUUCAUUUCUUUUUGUCUCAUUAUAUCUUCCUGAAUUUGUGGUUUUUUUUGUGUGUGUGUGUGUGUUUUCAAGUUUAAAAUAGUGCAUGAUGUUAGAAGUGACGCAAAAUAUCGUAAUAAAUGGUGAAAGCCAUGGUUUUCUUGAAUUUUGACUUUACUUUCCUAGUAUUGAGCGUAUCAUCACACCUCGCCUAGCACUGACAACAGCGGAGUUCCUGGCCUAUCAGUGUGAGAACCAUGUCCUGGUUAUUCUUACAGACAUGAGUUCUUAUGCCGAGGCUUUGCGAGAGGUCAGUUACAUUUUAUUUCGUCAUGUUAAGAUUGAGAAUUGCAUCAUUUUUGUUGCUAUUAGAUAGGUGAAAGCAAUGCAUCAAAAUAACGUAGGGGGAAAACUUUUCCAAAAUGAUUAUAGAUCUGCUUCGUAGUGGAAAAUCACAAAACAUGUUGGUCGCCUCACUUUGACGGAUUUUUAUUUUUUAACCCUUUCACUCUCGGAAGUGACCAAUAAGUAAUUUCUCCUUACAAUAUCGAUGCAUUAUCAACCAGGCAGUCGAUGAGAAGAUUGUGAAAUAUCAACAGGGGGUUAUUUUUUAAUUUGACACCAAAUUCUCCAAGCUACAAUUUUAAGGAAUACAUUGAGGACAGGGAGGGGAAUUGAUAAAUAUUCUUUUAUUUUUCACUGUGCAGGUUUCUGCUGCCCGUGAAGAGGUUCCUGGUCGUCGUGGUUUUCCAGGAUACAUGUACACUGAUUUGGCCACAAUUUAUGAGGUACAGUGUCCAGUCUAUCUCAGAGAGCGUGAGAUCCGGUUAUUGAAAUGACUAAAUCUAACUAACAUUACUUUUAUUGUUUACUAGCGCGCAGGACGUGUGGAAGGAAGAAAUGGCUCCAUCACACAGAUUCCCAUUUUGACUAUGCCUAAUGAUGGUAAGGAAGAAUUUGGUUUAACAUCUUAGGGUGCUUCUCGGUUGAGUGUCGUGAAACCAUAACUAAAGCAAUCACAACAGCCAAUCAUAGUAGGGAAAAUAUCACGAGGAGUGAGCCAAUGAGAACUCGACGGAAAAAACAAGCAAACUGCCUGAAGAGCAGGAAAAUGUGACUGGGGCAAGUCGCCAUUGGUUUUAGUUUUGAAUCUGAGUGGUUCAGAAUGUGGCGCGAGUUUUCAGGACUAAUCACUUAACGAAUUAAAAGAAAGCCAAAGAAAUCUUGGAUCAAGUGAAAAUUGCGCUUUGGAAGUCAUUUCCUAGAUACUCACAGUCAAUGUUAGAUCAAUAUUACUUUGUUCUCCGAUUGGUCUACAAAACUAUCACCACCCCCACAACGAGUCAGUUGCAAUUUAACUAAAGCCAUUCAUGACUUGGUUACGUGCAUUUUGUAUUUCUUAAGGCUGGUUGCAUGCAUUUACAUUGCAAGUUACCAUCAGCCACUCUCUCUAGCCAGAAUCUUUAAGAGAGAGAAGUUCAUACACUCCCCCCUUCCCCCCCUCCAAGGAUUAAUGACCAGACCUAAGAAAGUGGCACAGAUUGAGCCUACAAUCGACCGCACUUUUUAAUUUCCACCAUUCUGAUUGGUCGUUGUGUUAAACUUGGUUUUCUUCCUACGAAGCUCAAUCAUAGUGUACCUUAUUUAAUGCAGUAAUAUUGCUCUAGCAAGUAAGACCUGCAUUGUUCAUUGCGUGGUGAAGGGCCUCAAACAUUUCUUUUUCUUGUUGUUUGUAGAUAUCACCCAUCCCAUCCCAGAUUUGACAGGUUAUAUUACAGAAGGGCAGAUCUAUGUAGAUCGUCAGCUCCACAACAGACAGGUAUGAUUCUGGUACAGUUACAUGAAAGACAGACCUGGUUGUGUCACCACAGGAAACAAGCGACGCUAAUACUUUGACCUUGUUUUGAUACAAUGAUGAUAUGAAACGACGUAAACUAAAAAAAAUUAACAUUUAAUAGUACUUUAACCCAGACAUGUAUGUCGUUAAUCUAAGAUCUAAUUCGGCUUCAGAAGUUUCUUUAAAUGAGGUAAAUUAGUUUGUUAUCAUAUCAAGAAGACACAAUCAAGCUAAUAACUUUGUUAAUCAGAAAAAACCACAAUUUUCUUGAUUAUUAUUGCUUUAAAAAAACUCUUAUUUCCAAUUAUUCACUUGCUAAGUUGUUAGCGUACAGUUUGUUAUCGUUCAAAAAACCAAUCACCUUCGAAGUUAUCAACCAAUCACUUUCAAAGUUGUAGUUUAAAUCAACCAAUCACAACCUUGAUUUCAAUCACCAUAGAAACAGUGUACUUUUUAAUUGGGGCUUUCAAAAUUUUUCCUCUCUUUCAUAACUUGGCUAUUUUUCUUUUCUCGGAAAUGGUAAUUUUUAUGAUAAACUGGUGACUCGUGUUAAGUGAAUUGUUCUCUCGCUGCGCGGUUGUCCGAUUUUGUUAUCACUCGUAUGAUUUCAGACCGAAUUGGACUCCACGCAGUCCUAUUACCAUUACAUAUUCUUACAACGUGGUUGCUAGAUAACGAAUAGAAAUUGCUAGGAGAAAUUAUUUGAGUGAUGGGAAAGAAUUCUAUGAAAAAUAAAAUCCCGCCCUUCAUUUUCAAGAUCCAGAAACUGUGGAGUAGAUACGUAAACAAGGUUCUCUUUCAAUUGGAUUAAAAAAAACUGAAACGAAAACAUGAGUAUGUAAGUUUUCUUUUGACCUUGCAUUGGGGCUAUUUCUCUUUCCAGGUGUAUCCUCCGAUAAACGUGCUGCCGUCGUUGUCAAGGUUGAUGAAGUCUGCCAUUGGUGAAGGCAUGACAAGAAAAGACCAUGCAGAUGUUUCUAACCAACUGGUAUGACUUCUGCUUUGCUUUAGAUAAAAUCUUCAUAAGUGCCUCAAUUGUUAUCUUUUUUCUUGAUGAGUCGGGCAAAAAUAUUUUGGGAAGUGUUGACGAAUGUCUACAGUUGUACCUGAAGAAUUACUUGUUUUGAUGAAACCUUGCGUGGGGCAUGAUGAAUCAAUUAUUAAACUUAGAGUAGUUAAGCAUCACGUCUUCGGUAAAGGGGAAAACUGCAAAAAAUGGAAUUUGUCUUCGUCUAUUUCCAGCCAUUUGUGCGCUAAAGAGAAAGUAGUUGCUUUAGCCUGGCAUAAGAGAUUUUUCGCUAUUUAUUCAUUAGGUAGAUUUGAGGAUUAAUUGUGGGAAAGUGUGUAAAAUCAGAGAUUAAUUUUGUCCUUUUCCCAUUGCUCUAGUUCCUUAAACCUCCUUUGUUUAACCACAUAUGGGCUCUACAGUUUGGUUUUAGGUUUGCAAAUAAUUACUUGAGGGGGCGAUGAGAGUUUUCUUGAACAGUUACAAAGCAAAGUAAAGCAAAAUCAAUGCAAUCAGGAAUUGCUUAUGACACUGACACUCAAUUGAAAAAUGCCCCAAUGUGUCUUCGCUCUUCAUUUUCAGUAUGCUAACUAUGCCAUCGGCAAAGACGUGCAAGCCAUGAAGGCUGUUGUGGGUGAAGAGGCUCUUACAUCUGAGGACCUGCUGUAUCUAGAAUUCCUGUCCAAGUUUGAAAAGAAUUUCAUUACACAAGGUACGAGAGGGUGAUCGUCUACACUGAAAAAAAUGAAUCAGAGGAGUUCUCUCCAACAUCUAACUGAAAAGUCCCCUCCUUAAAGGAGAUUUUAGAAGUACAGUGGGAUGAAGACAAAGGUUCAACCUUUUCCGUUCCAAUCUUAAAAUACUCCUAAGAAAGAUUCUAUUAUCCCAGCAAAGUGCAGUGUACUAGCAAGUUCGCACGUGUGACUGAACGACCUGCAGUUUUCGUGAUAUGUAUUAGCUGAGAUAUUCAGGAUUCACGCUUAAUAGUAAGCUGAUUAAAUGGUACCCAAUUAGUGGAUGCUGAAACUUUUGAAAUCAAAUAGUACAGAGGAAUUACUCAUUCAGGACACUUCUGGUGGGGAUUUAUCAAAGGACCUAAACUUAUAAUUUUUGUGUGUCACCUUCACUGAAUGGAAACCUUUUCAAGGGACCUUUUUUCAUUGUCCUGAUAUGGUCCCUUGCAUAGAGCUUCCACUGAACCAUUGUGCAGACUGUGGUAUCCAAGAAUGCAGGAAGUAAUGUUAUUUUUCUCUCUUCCAGGAACAUACGAAAAUAGGUCUGUAUUUGAUUCUUUGGACAUUGGAUGGUCGCUGCUGCGUAUCUUCCCCAAAGAGAUGUUGAAGCGAAUUCCGCAGUCCAUCUUGGCCGAGUACUACCCCAGGGACGGGAGGGGUGGAUCUGAUUAGGUUGAAUUAUAUUAAGCAAAAACUACUAUAAAAAUUAAUACAGUGCUUUUUUUGAAAAUGAUGUUGUGAGGGACGGUUUUGAUUUAUUUUGGAAAGUGAUGCCUCAUUGGUGCAUUAAGUGGGUCAAUAUAAAAAUGGAAAACGACUUGCAUUGUGUGAAAGGUCGACAAAAACGGUGUUCCUUCGCGUAAUUGACUUUAUGAUCAAGAAA